AAACUCGUAAUUAAAUUCGCUUGCUCGGGUCAAACCAGGCUUAGGCUCUGGAUCUGGGACCGGUGCUCUCCGCGUCAACUUCGAGCUAUUAAUUAAGAUUCCCGUGAGUGCUUCCUUCCUUUUUCCCUUUAAUUCUCGAAUUCCCCGUCAAAAUCUGUGUCUUUCUAGAUCCGGACAAGCCUCGAACGAGGAAUUUCGACGAUAUUUUCUUGAUAGAAAGGAGGAAAAUAUGAGGGCGCUGGCUCGAGCUCUUCGCCAGUACCGAGCUUGCUCUCGGUCUCAACGAGGAUCGCGCGUUUACCAUCCCGAUGGAUCGAGUAAAAACCAUCAUCAGGUUUUGAUUCCGAGCCGUCGGGGCAGUGCUUAUUAUUUAUCUAAUAGUUAUCCGCGAAUAAAGGAAUUCAGGACUCUGUCCACCGCUGCGGCCGAUGACUCUCCUCAAGCUGCUGCUGGUUACGAUGGGAAGGCAGGGCCUUUACACGAGUACGAGAGGAGAAUUUCGUCAGGGGAACUUGUUGAUGGCGAUAGCUUCCAGGUCGGCACUCUUCGAUUGUUGCAAAGGCUCUACGAUCAGCUCGUCGAGAAUGAGGAUGACUGCCGGUUGGAUAGAUAUAAAGCAUCUGAAAAGUCUGGGAGGAGUAGGUGGUUGUGGUCACGGCUCAUUCCCCAGUCGUCUUCUUAUUCUCCGGUGAGAGGACUAUACCUUUACGGAGGAGUCGGGACCGGAAAGACGAUGCUUAUGGAUUUAUUUUAUGAUCAAUUGCCAUCUAACUGGAGGAAGAAAAGAAUACAUUUCCAUGAUUUUAUGUUGAAUGUCCACAGCCGUUUACAGAUGCAUAAAGGGGUUGCAGAUCCACUUGAAGUUGUUGCAGGGGAAAUAUCAGAUGAGUCUAUUCUUUUAUGUGUCGACGAAUUCAUGGUGAAUGAUGUUGCUGAUGCUUUGAUAUUAAAUCGUCUCUUUGGACAUCUUUUCAGCAAAGGAGUUGUUCUGGUCUCCACUUCAAAUCGUGCACCAGAUAACCUUUAUGAAGGUGGUCUACAGAGGGAUCUAUUUUUACCAUUUAUUGCAACCCUAAAGGACAGGUGUAUUGCUCAUGCAAUUGGUUCUUCCACUGAUUACCGGAAAAUGACUAAUGCUGAACAAGGUUUCUAUCUUGUUGGACAUGAGUACUCUGGACUUCUUAAACAGAAGUUUCAGCAGUUAAUUGGGGAAGGAACUCCUUUUCCACAAGUUGUGGAAGUUGUUAUGGGAAGACAACUGCAGGUUCCGUUAGGGGCUAAUGGAUGUGCAUAUUUUCCCUUUGAGGAACUAUGUGACAGACCUUUGGGGGCAGCAGAUUAUUUUGGUUUGUUUAAGAAGUUUCAUACAUUGGCACUAGAAAGCGUGCCAAAAUUUGGGGUCCAUAACCGUACAGCAGCUUAUCGGUUCGUUACACUGGUUGAUGUGAUGUAUGAAAACAAGUCCAGAUUGUUGUGCACAGCUGAGACACCUCCUGUAGAACUAUUUGAAAGAAUCGUGACAAUAGCUGAUGCCGAAAAGAUAUCUCCUAGGACAUCUUCUCGGUCACUGAAAAAGGAUGACCUUGACCUCUGUGUGGACAAUGAGCUAGGAUUUGCUAAGGACAGAACCAUCAGCAGGUUGACAGAAAUGAAUAGCAGAGAAUAUUUGGAACAGCAUGAGGCCAGUUUGCAGGAGAUGGCUUGCAAUUCCUUAUAACAGACCACCAACCUUAUGUUUGGUGAAAUAUGCGACAAUAAUGCUUUAGGAGUUCGUAAUUAAAUGCUUGAUCCCUAACCCCAAAAAAUCUGUGAUGGGUUGGGAAAUGUUUGUACCUGAUCCCAAAUGAAUAAAAUCAACAUAAUGUACUCAAUUUCGGGACUGUUUUACAAUGUAGAUUGUGGUAUUUAGCAGAAUAAUUAGUCUUGCUGCUAAAAAUGAAACAUUUGUAUGUUGCAAAUCAGAAGCAAGCUGUCAUGAUGCUUGGGCAACUUAAUUCGUUAAGCAGUGUUUGAAACUAAUAGAUGAUAAUUGGAAAACAGAGAAGUUUUCGGUA